GAGCAUUUGUCAUUUCUCCCCCCCGUUCGGCACGGCAAGCAGGCAAAGUAUAUGCGCGCAAAAAAAAAUAUAAACGUGCGAGUGUAUGUAAAAUUAUUUGUAUAUUCACCUUUGCGUGCAUGUAAGCGUAUUGUCGCGCGGGCCUCUCUUCCCCUUUUUUUUUUUCCGAGUGCGACACGAACGCGUAGCAGAGGAUUUUGGCAGCUCACUCCUGCAGGGGUUAGCUAGCAGCGCGUUGUGAAUUGGCCCCCUGCGCGUGUAAAGGAAUACCACCCCGCUGUGUAGCAGCGUUAUAUGCAUGGCAUCUUCCCACCAUAGGGUGUGAGGUGGCCUCAUUCUAUCGCAGCGUAUGUUCGCACGAGUUGUUCCUUUCCUGACGAGCAGCCUCUGAGCGAGGCAAAUGUUGUGCAAAAUUUUACAGCCGAGUAAAAAAUUUCAUUUGGGGAGUUCCUCUAAUUUGUGGGCGAGCGUCAACUCUGCGGGGUUUCUUCGACCCAUCAUCGUUCGGGAGUAACAAACUUGGGGGUUAUUUUAUUUGUCGCUGUUCAGCUUUAUUUUUACCAGCGGUACAGUUUGUCGGGCGUACUUCCCCCACCUGGGUACACCGCGACACAGCUUGUCCGGCGCACUUCUCCCACCCUAGCGGAAGCUGCCUCGGCGCAACGCGGGAGCUUUUCCCCCUGUCUGAGUUGACGCGCGCUACCCCCACCCCGCCAAGAAUGCACACGGACGAGCGAAGCUCGCACGGAGUCAUCACCCACAUUUAGAGAAACGAAAAUAAGAUGCGUACUUCCCCCCCCCUGGCGUUGCUUCUGCUGGUGGUGGUACUUGUGCUCGUGGGCAUAGAUGAGGUGGCGUCAAAUAGCAAAACGGGAAAUAAUAACAGGAAUGCGAAGAACGCCAAAGGGGGAGGAGGAGGAGGGAAGCGAGGCAAUAAUGAAGCGAACAAAAAUGAUGGUAUGAGUGGAAAGGGCAGUCAGAAAGGGAAGAAGAAAGACCCUGGGGGAGGUGGCACUCCCAAGGGACAAGGCAAAGGACCGGAACAAGGAAAACAAAAAAACAAAAAAGGAGAAGAUAGCCAUUUUGAUGAAUAUAUAAAGGACAUGAAAAACAGCCAAGACGAAGACAAUUUUAUGGAUGAACUGAACAGAUUUGAAAAGAAUUUUCACGACGAGGAUUUUGAAAGUGAUGAAAAUCUGUUUAACUAUGGCAAGGGAGGAACACACAGUGGAGAGUUUAACAAAAUUGGCGAGUUGAACAGUGGAAAUUACAACGAAAUGAAACCUGAUGCGAAUGAUUACCAAUAUUUUGAUAACGAAGAUAUUCUGGAGGGGGAUGAGGACUUGACAAAUAUAUGGAAUAAAAAUAUGCAAAAUUUUGAGCCAUCUACAUUGUUAACAUUUGAAAUACAAGGAAAUUCGGAGGAAUAUCUUUUUGAAGAAGUCACCAGUUUGAACACUUAUUUUCGAGGAGUAUUUUACUCCAAUAACGAAUCAGAUGAUAAUAAAAUUUUGUUCUUUAUCACCGAUCCGGAUGGAGAGGUAAUUUACAAGAAGGAGGCAAGCGAAGGAAUUUUUUACUUUUACACACAAAAAAUUGGGGUCUAUACAAUCACUUUGAAAAAUAGCAAAUGGAUGGGAAAGAAACUCACAACGGUUGCCCUUGGGCUCGGAGAAAGCCCCUCGUUAAAAUCGGAACACAUAAAAGACUUCACCAAUUAUAUUGACAAAAUUGUUGCCGAAACGAAGAGGUUAAAGAAUGAGUUGAAGUAUUUGUCCUCCAAACAUAUGACGCAUAUUGAGAAAAUGAAAAAAAUCACCAACAAGGCUUUUCUCUACUGCUUCAUUAAACUGUUUGUGCUCGUCUUUUUAUCCCUCUUCACCAUUUACUACAUCAAGAAUUUGGUCUCCAACAAGCGCGUCCUCUGA